UUCACAUGGUCCAUGUGACAUGAUUUUACGAGACAAUUUGUUUGUGAUUUUUGAUCAUCUGCUGUGUUAAUUUAUUGUAUUUUGUUUAUUUUAUUUUGUGAUUUUUUGAAUUGUUCAGUUUGUCUUAACCAUGGCUGAAGUUGUUCAAUAUCAUCUUGAAGAGUUGCUUGAUGUUUUUGUGAGCGUUAGAGAAGUGAAAUUGUUCUCUGCUGAAGAAGUUAAAAAAAUUGUUAAUGAUAUACGAUCAUUUGAAUACAAAAUUCAAAAGCCCAGUAAAACAAAACAUGACUAUCUCAAAUAUAUUCAAUAUGUGCAAACCCUGUUAGAUUUGAUGAAAAAACGUAAAGUAAAAUGUAUUAAUAUGUUGAAGUAUAAAGAGAUUGAAAUAAGGCUCAUCAAUUUGGUAAAAAAACUGUUCAGAAAAGUUGUAUAUUCCAACCAACACGAUCUUGUCCUUUGGUACACUUGGAUUAACUUUUGCCGCAAAAUGGGUCUCAGAGAGGACAUUAGUAAAGUUUAUGUUCGUAUGUUGCAAGUUCAUCCUGACAAAGAGGAAGUUUGGAUUGCUGCUGCUAAAUAUCAAUUUGAGGAAAUGCGUAUGCCAACCGUUGCUCGUAAUUUGCUGCAAACUAGCUUACAAGAUAAUCCCGAUUCAAUUAAGCUUUGGGAAGAAUACUUUAGAUUUGAGUUGUUGCAUUCCGAUAUGGUUCGAAAACGUCAAGAAAUUUUGGGACAAGAUUUAGACAGUGAAAAAUACCAGAAUAUUUCAAGAGUUAAUUUUACCCUGGACGAAAGUGAUGCAGUGGUAAGCGGCAAAAUAGCAGUCAUUGUUUUUAAGAAUUCUGUCCCUGUAUUAUCCAAAAAAUUGGCUGCUGCGAAAGGUUUUUUUGAUAUUCUUGAUGAAUUUGAACCUGGUUUGCGAACUCCAGUUAAAGUAGAGAUGAUAAAGAUUUUAGAAGAAAACUUUCCUGAUACCGAAGAGUUAUAUGACAUCAAAGCUCAUUGUGUAAUGGAUCAAUAUUAUGCUUGUCGUUACAAAAAUUUAUCUGAAGACGAUCAAGAAUCAUUUGCACCAGAAGAAAAGCGGAUUGAAUUGGCCUUCAAUAUUUACCGAAAGGGUAUUACCAAAGUUCCUACAGUUAAAAUGUGGAAUUUAUUCAUAAGUUUCAAUCUAAGGUUGUUAUCCAAGUCUGCUGUCGGAGAAGACCAAGAAAAAUUGUUAGACAACUUACUGCUGAUAUUUGAUGAAUGCUGGAGAUCAGAGUUGAUGUCUAGACAUGCUUUUCUCGAGUGGAUUCUCGCCUUGCAAAUCAAAGAUAAUUUUGCACAAAUGGAUAAUCUUAUGGCCAAAGGAUGUGAAAAGUGGUCAAAGUACGCGGAUAUUUGGUACUUGCGUUUAAAAGUUCUCUCUACGAGGGUUACUUCCAAGGAGGAUGUAAAACAUCUUUUUCCUCUAGCUUUCAAAAGCAUUGAUUACAAGAUCGACCAGGAUGAAGACGAAGAUGAAGAAAAGAUAGAACAAUCUGGAUUGAUAAUCAGAAAUAUGAAAAAGAAAACUAUUGACGAUGUCUGGAAUCUCUUCAUCGAAUGGUCAUCUAAACACUUACACCCUACUGAAGUCAUCAAAAGAAUUGAGAAAUAUUUUUCCGAAUUACUUGGAGGAGGCAGUUGUUUAGUGACUCAACGUAAAAUUUCUUCAUUGCUGAAACCUGAAUUAUUGAGAAAAUCGAUUGAACUCAAAAAGAAUGGGCUAGAACUAGCUCGAAAUUAUUACGAUAAAUAUAAACAUCAUCCUCCUGCGGUUGCAUCUUUUUUCAAAGAGAUGAUUCAAAUUGAACGAAAUCAAAAUCCAAUUGAUUAUAAAAGAAUAGUUAAUAUUUAUGAAGAUUUAAUUAGUUAUUUCGGAGAAAAUGAUCAUCAAAUAUGGUUGGAUUAUUGUAAAUUUACUCUGGAGAACAAAAAACCUACGACAGUUGGAACUAUACAUAAUAGAGCUUGUAAAACGUUAAUUGCAUCGGAAGUUUCACGUUUUGUAUCAUCAUAUUGUCUUUUGCAGAAUAAAAAUUAUAAUUCAUAACAAAAAAUGUAAUUUAAAUAAAUUGUUUAACGAAAAAAUACAAAUGGGAAUGCAAAGAUAUUUAUUUUCGUACUGGAUUGAACCAAUGAGUACUGCCAGUCACAAACAAUGUCCAAAUCCAAUCAAUGUACCGACCAAUUUUAUCGAUAUGAAGUAAAUUGUGAUUUAU